GACAUGGGAUCAACAGAGGACAUAGCACCAGUCCCUUCAAAAUACCUUGUAUUUGCUUACUACAUAACUGGCCAUGGCUUUGGUCACGCUACUCGUGUAAUUGAGGUUGUGAGGCAUCUAAUUGCAGCUGGACAUGUUGUUCAUGUAGUUACUGGUGCCCCUGAUUUUGUAUUUACCACUGAGAUACAAUCACCAAAUCUAUUCAUUCGCAAGGUGUUACUUGAUUGUGGAGCUGUGCAAGCAGAUGCUCUGACAGUGGAUCGUCUUGCCUCCUUAGAAAAGUAUUCUCAAACAGCUGUGGUACCUCGGGCUUCUAUAUUGGCUACUGAAGUAGAGUGGCUAAACUCCAUAAAGGCUGAUUUGGUGGUUUCGGAUGUUGUACCUGUUGCCUGUCGUGCAGCUGCAGAUGCUGGAAUCCGCUCUGUCUGUGUAACAAAUUUCAGUUGGGAUUUUAUUUACGCCGAAUAUGUAAUGGCAGCAGGAUACCAUCAUCGUUCAAUUGUUUGGCAGAUAGCAGAAGAUUAUUCUCAUUGCGAAUUCUUAAUCCGCCUCCCAGGAUAUUGCCCAAUGCCAGCAUUCCGUGAUGUAAUUGAUGUGCCACUUGUAGUGAGGAGAUUACACAAGGAUAGAGCUGAGGUCAGGAAGGAACUCGGGAUUGGAAAUGAUGUUAAACUAGUUUUGUUUAAUUUUGGUGGACAGCAAGCUGGCUGGACACUGAAGAAGGAAUGGUUACCAGAUGGUUGGUUAUGUCUGGUGUGUGCAGCAUCUGACAAGCAAGAACUUCCACCUAACUUUAUAAAGCUUCCAAAAGAUGUCUACACCCCUGACUUAAUAGCAGCAUGUGACUGCAUGCUUGGGAAAAUUGGAUAUGGUACCGUCAGUGAAGCUCUUGCAUACAAGGUGCCUUUUGUAUUUGUACGUAGAGAUUAUUUCAAUGAAGAACCUUUUUUGAGGAAUAUGCUAGAGUAUUAUCAGGGUGGCGUCGAGAUGAUCAGACGAGACCUACUGACUGGACAUUGGAUACCUUACCUUGAGCGUGCACUAAGUCUUAAGCCAUGCUAUGAAGAAGGCAUUAAUGGUGGUGAGGUUGCUGCUCGCAUACUGCAGGACACAGCUAUUGGGAAAAUACAUACAUCUGAUAAGUUUAGUGGAGCAAGAAGAUUGCGAGAUGCCAUUGUACUUGGCUAUCAACUACAAAGAGCCCCAGGACGAGAUAUCACUAUUCCAGAAUGGUAUACACUUGCGGAAAAUGAACUUGGUCUCCGCCCUGCAGUACCUAGACCUGAAAUUCAAGAGAAAGGCUCUCUUACAGAACCAUUCAUUGAGGAAUUUGAGAUUCUUCAUGGAGAGCUGCAUGGUCUUUCCGAUACAGUGGCUUUUUUGAAGAGCUUGGCUGGACUAGAUUCGGCGUUUGAUGCAAACAAAACUACGGAGAAACGCCAAAUGAGGGAACGUGUUGCCGCUGCAGGACUCUUUAAUUGGGAGGAGGAUAUAUUUGUUACCAGAGCUCCUGGGAGGUUGGAUGUUAUGGGGGGAAUUGCAGACUAUUCAGGAAGCCUUGUUCUACAGAUGCCAAUUAGAGAAGCUUGCCAUGUUGCUGUACAAAGGAUUCACCCAAGCAAGCAGCGGCUCUGGAAACAUGCUCAAGCUCGACGGAAUUCAAGUGGCCAAGGCUCAAGCCCUAUACUGCAAAUUGUUUCUUUUGGAUCAGAACUGAGUAACCGUGCACCAACAUUUGAUAUGGACCUAGCUGAUUUCAUGGAUGGCAAGAACCCAAUUACAUAUGAAAGGGCAUUCAAAUAUUUUUCACAAGAUCCUUCACAGAAGUGGGCAUCAUAUGUAGCAGGAACAAUACUUGUUUUAAUGUCCGAACUGGGUGUGCGUUUUACUGACAGCAUCAGCAUCCUGGUCUCAUCAGCAGUUCCAGAGGGCAAAGGUGUAUCUUCUUCUGCUUCAGUGGAAGUUGCCACAAUGUCUGCAAUAGCUGCUGCACAUGGGUUGAACAUUUCCCCAAGGGAUCUUGCGUUGCUCUGUCAGAAGGUUGAGAAUCAUGUUGUGGGAGCUCCAUGUGGUGUGAUGGACCAAAUGACAUCUGCAUGUGGAGAGGCCAACAAACUUCUAGCAAUGGUUUGCCAGCCUGCUGAAGUAAAAGAACUUGUGAAUAUCCCUACACAUAUUCGCUUUUGGGGGUUUGAUUCAGGAAUUCGCCAUAGUGUCGGUGGAGCUGACUAUGGGUCUGUGAGAAUUGGAGCCUUCAUGGGCCGCAAGAUUAUAAAGUCAACAGCAUCAACACUAUUCACUUGUUCACUGCCUAAUGCCCCUGCCCAGAAGAAUGCAGAUGGAACAAACUGUGAUGAAUUCGAAGAACAGGGCAUGGACUUACUUGAAACUGAAGCUUCAUUAGAUUACUUGUGCAAUCUCUCUCCUCACAGAUAUGAAGCUGUAUAUAUAAAGAAGCUUCCGGAGACGAUGUCUGGUGAGACAUUUUUGAAGGAAUAUAUUGAUCACAGCGACUCCGUAACAACCAUUGAUCCCAAGCGGACCUACGUAGUGAGAGCACCAACUAGACACCCAAUAUAUGAAAAUUUUCGCGUCAAGGCAUUUACAGUGCUGCUCACAGCUUCUAAAACAGAUGAUCAACUUUCAGCACUUGGGGAGCUUCUAUAUCAGUGCCAUUAUAGCUAUUCAGACUGUGGGCUUGGCUCAGAUGGCACGGAUCGUCUCGUAAAACUUGUUCAGGAAAUGCAGCACCGUAAAAAUGGCAGGGAGCAUGGAACCUUAUUUGGUGCAAAGAUUACAGGAGGGGGGUCAGGUGGUUCAGUUUGUGUCAUCGGACGCAACUGUAUAAGGAGCAGUGAAGAAAUUCUCGAGAUUCAACAAAGGUACAAAGCGGCUACCGGAUAUUUGCCUUUUAUUUUUGAGGGCUCAUCACCAGGAGCUGGGAAGUUUGGCUACCUCAGAUUGCGUCGCAGGAUUAGUGCCUGAUUUUAAUAGUAACUAUUUAUUUAUUAUUCAUUUUAGGAGUAGUUUUAUCAGCAUCCAAUUACUUAUCCAAGUAAUCUGGAAAGGUGGCAGGGUGCCACAAUGUGUCAUCUUGCGUUCAUUCUUUCCGGGACCCCUUUCCCACUGAACUAUUCAAGAAAAUAAUUAUUAUUAUACAAUAUUUAACUUUUAGGAAUGGACCCAAGGCAUAGAUGGUCAGAGUGGCAGGGUGUCAUAACGUGUUGUCUUAAGUUUCAUUACUUCCAGGACCCUUUUUCCGCUGAACCAUCCAAGAAAAUGAUACAAUAUUUAACUUUUAGGAAUGGACCCAAGGCAUAGAUGGUCGGGGUGGUGCUGCCAUAACACGGCGUCUUGGGUUCCAUUCAUUUAAUUUGAUGGUUCAGACUUAGUAACCAUUUUCAACCCCGUUUGUCUCUCCAAUCUCUCUUAAAAUGUGUCUCUAACUAUUUUUCCCACCCUUUAUUGAAUCUAAUGAUCAGAUCCAACAAAAAAGAAAAUUGAAAAUCUUGGUCUGGCUAGAUUUAUUUUUAAAGUAGGUUUGCCCAAAGUUCUUCCUAACUUGUUUUUCUGCAAACAAUAUACAUUUUUGUGCAAUCUGUGAAAUCCAAAGCUGAAAUUCAACAAAUUAUACUCAAGAUAUUGGAAUUUCAGGAUUUACUUAUGGAUAUGGCUAAUGAGAUAUUGCUUUUUCUUUGGCUGCUUUUGAGUUAAGAUCAACACCUGAAAGUUAUGAUUCUCUCAUUUGAAAGAAGUCUCUCUCAAGAGUAAUAUCAUGACU